UUCAUUUUUCUGUGAAGUUGCAGUGUGAGCAGAGCAGGGAGGGUGAAUCACAGACCAGGAGCCAAUAAAAAGUUAACUGAGGCAAGGACAUUGUGCAUAGCUGAACUCUACAAAGUAGAGUCAGGAAGAGAGAGAGAGAGAAGCAGAAGCAGAAGCAGAAGCAGAAGGAGGAGCAGACUGAUCAGGAGCUUGUAAAAUAUCAGCAUGAGGGAAAUAGUUCAUAUCCAGGCAGGCCAGUGUGGAAACCAAAUUGGAACCAAGUUUUGGGAAGUGAUCAGUGAUGAACAUGGUAUCGACCCAGCUGGAGGCUAUGUUGGUGACUCACCGUUGCAGCUGGAGAGGAUCAAUGUCUACUACAAUGAAUCAUCCUCUCAGAAAUACGUGCCCAGAGCAAUCUUGGUGGACUUGGAGCCUGGAACCAUGGACAGUGUGAGGUCUGGUCCAUUUGGACAACUCUUUCGGCCUGAUAAUUUCAUCUUUGGACAAACAGGAGCUGGAAAUAACUGGGCCAAAGGACAUUAUACGGAAGGAGCAGAGCUGGUAGAUUCAGUGCUUGAUAUAGUAAGAAAAGAAUGUGAACACUGUGAUUGCUUGCAGGGAUUUCAGCUCACUCAUUCUCUUGGAGGAGGAACAGGUUCUGGGAUGGGAACGCUACUGAUCAGCAAAAUUCGAGAGGAAUAUCCUGAUCGGAUAAUGAAUACAUUCAGUGUCAUGCCAUCUCCUAAAGUCUCCGACACUGUUGUGGAACCAUACAAUGCCACUCUCUCAGUCCACCAACUGGUUGAAAAUACAGACGAAACCUACUGUAUCGACAAUGAAGCCUUGUAUGAUAUUUGCUUCCGCACUCUGAAGCUUACCACUCCAACAUACGGAGAUCUGAACCACUUGGUGUCCGCUACAAUGAGCGGGGUAACGACAUCAUUGCGUUUUCCUGGUCAGCUAAAUGCAGAUCUCCGUAAACUGGCAGUGAAUAUGGUUCCAUUCCCACGCUUACACUUCUUUAUGCCAGGAUUUGCUCCAUUGACUGCCCGAGGGAGCCAACAAUACCGGGCUCUCACAGUCCCAGAACUCACGCAACAGAUGUUUGAUGCCAAAAAUAUGAUGGCAGCAUGCGACCCAAGACACGGACGGUAUUUGACAGUAGCUACAGUCUUCCGAGGUCCCAUGUCCAUGAAAGAAGUUGAUGAACAGAUGCUGGCCAUCCAGAACAAGAACAGCAGCUACUUUGUGGAAUGGAUCCCAAAUAAUGUCAAAGUGGCAGUUUGUGAUAUAGCACCCCGUGGCCUCAAGAUGGCCUCUACCUUCAUCGGCAACAGCACAGCUAUCCAAGAGCUCUUCAAAAGAAUCUCAGAGCAAUUCUCAGCCAUGUUCAGGAGAAAAGCUUUUCUUCACUGGUUUACAGGAGAAGGAAUGGACGAGAUGGAAUUCACAGAAGCAGAGAGCAACAUGAAUGACCUUGUGUCAGAGUAUCAGCAAUACCAAGAAGCUACAGCAAAUGAUACAGAGGAAAUUUUUGAAGACGAGGAGGAAGAAAUUAACGAAUGAAGUCUUAUCAAAUGCUGUUCUAAAAAUUAUUAAGUCUGAAUAGCUAGCUCUAGUUCUAAUCUUUUGCAGGAUAGUAAAGAAUAUAACAGACUUAUUUUUCAGGACUAUGUUGUUUUCUGCAGACUGUGAAUCAGAAAAAUCACCUUAGGCUGCAAUCUUAAGCACAGUUACUUGAAAGUGAGUGUUGGCACCAGCAGCACUUGAAUCAUCAAAGUAAAUGUGUUUUGCAGUGUUA